AUGAGCGAUUCAAUAACUACUGUGGAAAAAAACUCAAUUAAAAAUAAUGAAAAUGAAAAAAUAAUGACUGAUACAUCAACCAGCAAAAAAAGAUGUAUUGAACUUGUUAAUUCUUCGAAUACUGAAACUGAAACGAAAAAUACUGGAAAACGCACAAAAAAUACAAAUAAAUCAGAUACAAAUACUAAUGAUAAAAAUGAUGAAUCUAUGUCUCAAUCAUAUGAUGAUGAUUUCGAGGAAGAUACAGACGAUAUUAAUAAAAAUACAUCCAAUGAUGAACCAUCAUCUCAAUCGCAUAAUUAUGAUGAAGAUAGUCUUGAAGGAAAAUAUUAUGAGAAUGAAAGUCCUCAAGAAGAACCAUCAUCACAACAGACAACUGAUAGUUUUGACAUUGAUAAAGUAGAUGAAGAAGAUGAUGGAACAUUCCAAGGUAUACCAUUAUCAGAAAUUACAAAUAUAUGUCAACAACCACCAACUAUGUCUGAUAUGAAAGAUAUUCGUGAUCGUAAUCAUACAUUUCUAAUAAAACCAUUUAAAUAUGAUUCAAAUGAUCUUAAACGUGAACCUGAACCAUUAUAUGAGAAUGGCACAUAUGUUGAUGAAUGGGAUCAAGAUAAUGUUCGUUUGCCUUGUUCACAAUUUUAUAUUACUAAAAAUGGUACACAACGAUGGCCAACAAUUCAAGGAUCAUUAACAAAACUUCAACAUUUAUCAGAAACACAUAUGGCAACAAUGGAAGAUAUUAAAGAAACUAUUGAAGAAUGUGCUGGACGUAAAUAUGAAUUCAAUUGUCUUGAACGACUUCUUAAUGAAAUUUAUUCAACUGAUGAACGUGCUCAUUUUAUGUCAACUGUUUUAUCGAAUAUUUGUAGUUUGGCAUUAAAUGUUGAUAAAAUUUGUAGUCGACCACCACCAUUAUUACGUAUUGGAUCAAAUCGUACAGUAACAAUGUCACAAAAACAAGCAGCUUCAUUAUUAGCUUGUGCAUUCUUUUGUUUAUUUCCUCGACGUUUUAAUCAGAAAGUAGGCAGUGAAUAUGAGAAUUAUCAAAAUCCAAAUUUUAAUACAUUAUUUCAAGGUGGUAGAACAGGUGGAUCUAUAUGGAAAAUUGAAAAACUUAAAUGUAUUUUUCAUUAUUUUCAACGUAUUACUGAAAAGAUGCCAAAUGGUGUUAUUUCUUUUCGACGUUAUCAAUUACCAGAUAGUUGUAUACCGAAAUGGUCAGAAUCUAACGAACCUUUAUGUAAAAUUCAUAUAACAAAAAAUAAAGCUAUUGAAGAUAUAGUUGGUCUUUUACAAGUUGAUUUUGCUAAUAAAUAUAUUGGUGGAGGUGUGUUGGGUGAUGGUUGUGUUCAAGAAGAAAUACGUUUUGUUAUUUGUCCUGAAAUGCUUCUUAGUUUACUUCUAUGUGAAGUAAUUCAACCAAAUGAAUGUAUUUUUCUUAUUGGUUGUGAACGUUUUUCAUCGUAUCAAGGUUAUUCAACAACAUUUCAAUUUAAAGAAAAUUAUAUCGAUCAAACUCCAAAAGAUUCUUGGGGUCGAAAAUUAUGUCAUGUUGUUGCUAUGGAUGCUAUUGCUUUUCAUAAUCGAGGAACACAAUAUACAAUAAAAAAUAUGAAAAGAGAAUUAAUGAAAGCUUAUACAUGUUUUCGUAUUCCAGCAGCAGUAACUGACCAAAAAUCAGGUAUUGCGACGGGUAAUUGGGGUUGUGGUGCAUUUAAUGGAAAUAAACAAUUGAAAGCAAUAAUACAAUUAACUGCUGCUUCACAAACUGGACGUUCACUUGCUUAUUUAACAUUUCGUGAUCAAGAUUUAGUGAUGUCAUUCUAUAAAGUAUAUGAAUAUCUAUUAAAUGAAAAAGCCACUGUAAAAGAUUUAUGUAAUUAUCUUCAACAAUAUUCAACUUUGUAUAAAAAAUUAUCAUUAUUCGAUUAUAUUCUUCAAACAUCGGUGUCAUCUCUUUAUUCAUAA